AUGAUUUGUUUGGAAAACAUUUCUAAUGAACUUUUUGUCGAAAUCUGUGAUUAUUUGGAUGUAUACGAUAUCUAUUAUUCAUUCUAUAAUCUAAAUUUACGUAUGAAUCAAAUAAUCAAUAGUCUUAAUGUACAUGUUAAUCUUCAUUAUUCAUCAAAACAACGAUUUGACUAUUGUUGUAAAUUUAUAUUACCAUAUCUAUAUAAUAGUCUCGUUUAUCUAACAUUAUCAAAUGAAGAAACAAUUGGUCAGAUAUUAUUAUUUACAAAUAUAUUUCCAUUAGAAAAUUUUAUUCGACUUCGAUCAUUAACACUCUUAGGAAUAAAAACAAAUGAUUUACAUUAUAUUCUACCAAAAUUAUCUAAUUUAAAUUAUUUAUCAUAUAUUAAUGUUGAAGUUGAAGAUCUUUUAGAAAAUGAAUCUAUUUGUCAAUAUUUAAUAAAUAAUCAACAUCGAUCAUUGAAUAUAUGUAAAAUAAAGACAAAACAUAGACAAUUAAUAUCAUUAGAAAAUAUAACAACAUGUUUUAUAAUUAAAUUAACAAUUAGUUCAAUAAAUAUAUUUAAUUUAACUUUAUUAUUAAAACAUACACCAUUACUUGAAUAUUUAAAUAUAUCAUGUAUAAUGGAAAAAAAUGAUGAUAAUGAUUUAUUAAAAUUAAAUUUUACAGAUUUAUCUUCUAUGGUUCCACAUUUAACAUAUUUAACACUCUAUGCUACACCUCUAUCAUCUCUUAUUGUUGAAUUAUUAAUAAAAAAUUUAUCACAAUUAACUUAUUUAUCAUUUAUUGGUUAUUCAUUUGAAUAUACAGAUGGUAGUUAUUGGGAAUAUAUACUUUCAGAAUAUUUAAAAUAUUUAAAAAUAUUCAAAUUAAGAAUUGAAAUUGAUCAUAAUAUUGGAUUUAAUAUUGAUAUAAAUCAAAUAAUAGAAAAAUUUUCAACUAAUUAUUUUCUAGAACAUCAAUUUUAUUUUAUUUGUGAUUAUUUUUUAACUGAUAAUGAUUCAGAAUUAAAUUUAUACACAAUUCCAUAUUCGAAUAGUGAAUAUGAUAUAAUACCGAACACUCUUAUAUCAAAAUCAACAAAAAAUGAUCCAUUGAUAUUGACAAAUGUGUAUAAAAAUGUUCAUGAUUUAACAAUUGAUUUAAGAAGAAAUAAUGGUAAGCAUCGUCUAUAA